AAUCAUGGUGGAAGGGAUAUGGUGUAUUGUAUGCGCUGUGUGCAGUUUCACGGAUAGACACGCGUGAGAAUAAAGAAACGGACUAUCCAAAUGCGGCAAAUUUAAACAUUUGCACGGCGGUAAUUUUGAACAAUUUCGAAGUGACAGCUCGAGAGACCAAAAUGAGUACUUGUCAAGUAAAAACAUGUAAAAAUGAUCAUCGAAAAAAAGAAUUCAGAAAUGUACAUUUUUAUCGCUUCCCAAAAGAGAAAGCGUUAAUGUUAAAGUGGAAAGAAGCGUGUGGAAAAGAAAAUGUCGACGUUAAAAAUGGGCGUAUCUGUUCCGCCCAUUUUGAUGCAGUAGCGUACAAAGAGUCUUCAUGGAUGCGACCCCUUUUAGGCUACUCACCGCCACAGAAAAGAAAAUUAAAAUCUGAUGCGGUGCCCAUGCUGAAUUUAGAAUCAUCAAUCAGCGAAGAUCUUGAUGAAUCUGCAAUUACGCCAGGUAUUGCGAUGAAUACAAUACUGCCUGAGGAGCAGAUAGAAGUUUCAACUUCAUGACACUCAUUAAAUUCGACAAGUUUCAUCGACAUUGGCGCCAGACCACUUUUCCACGCGCCACCCUGUACAUUACGCGUGCGUGGUAUGAGCGUAACGAUCCCUUGUAAGUGCGAGAGAGAAAGGAGGACACGGAAAGCGAAAGGAAGAAAGAGAUGGAAAAGGGAGGAGAAAGAGGGGUGAACGUCUCGCUCGCCGAGGGGUGUCGCGGGGCAACAGAUGUCCUUCCGCAUGACGCACGCGGGGUGGUCGUCCCUCGCGGAGAGGUAGUCUCGCGUCUGAUGGUGUCUGCGUGCGUCACGUCGCGAAACUGCGGAGUGUGUGACUGCGUCCUCGCGAAGAAUCAACCAGGUCAAGGAUCUCAUUAGACGGAACAACCGUUCGUCUGCGAAAUGUACGCGUGAAAUGUCGCUGGACGUGCGCCGCGCGGCUUUCUCCCGACGAAGGGCAUUCUCUGGUUAGCGCGCGAUGUGCGAGGUAUCGAAGAGCCAACGCAGGACGUUCCGGGACCAGGACCCACCGCGAAUAUGCAACAAGAGCGCGGAGAACCUGCUGCGAGACGAACUCGAAUUCUCGCGCUCGACCCCGAGCUCGCCGACGACCCUCCAGCGCGCCGCCAGCCUCGAGAAGUGCUUCAGCGAGCCUGAGUUCUUCCAGAAGCAGCGCGAGCUGCUCUCAAAACACGAGCAGCGGUCGAAGGACGGCGACGGUGAGGAAAGCGUCAUCCCUGGCUCUGUACGUGUGGACGACGAUUCCGGGAGUACGGCCGCGAGCAUCGAGGAUCUCCCGAAGAAAUUCCCCGCCAAAGUGCCUUCCCCUUGCGAGCAGGCGAGCGAGGUGAUUACUAACGGUCUCAAGUGCGACUCGGACGACGUCGACGGUUUCACAAACGGAAGAAAAAUGGCACCGGUUCUGGGCGUACCGCCUCCACCACCACCGGCUCCUCACAUGGGACCAGACGGUCUGAUCUUGCCAAGGAAACCAUAUAACCCUUGCCUUAUCUCCACUAAUCAUAAAGACCUUCACAGGGAGUUACUCUUCAACCAAAAAAUCGGCAAGAACGUCUUGAACCAGAAAAGUGAGUUGCAACGUGCUCUGGAGAAACAGAGGGAAGCUGUAUCGAGGAGGGAAGCUGAGAGGAUCCGUGAGGAAAGCUACAAAGACGAUCCCAGGACUGCCUUGCAAAGGGCGAUCGAGCAGAGAGCAAGACACAUUCAACUAACGCAGGAGCAAUCGCGAGCGACGACGGAGCCGCCGAGCAACCUUCUGAUAACAGCGAGAGCGAAGCUGAGGCCGCGCACCGAGUCCCAGUGAAGUUGGUGAAGAUCGAAGGUCGCGCAAACCGAUGUCGCGCCUGGGUGAAGAGGACGAUCCGCUCGAAUGGGCGGCUCAUAAUUUCAUCCUUCAGCGCCUUAUCGAUUGCAAUCAGUGUACAUAUGCAUAACCCGAUAAGAUUUCUUUGACACAAGGAUUAUUAACGGCGUCAUUUGGCGCGUCGAAAGACGCGUGUUGUAACAGGCGUUAGUUCUUAAUAUUAGGCGUUAAGAUAACACGAUGGAACGUAACGAGCGCGCAUUUGAUUGCUAUCACGAGCAGGAUCGCUGGGGAUCUAUCUCGAGGAACAUUUCGUGGAUGUUUAACGCGUCAUAUCGCCGCGCCAUCCGUCGUAAAAUCAUUCCCAAACAACACAAAGAACCAAAAUGACAUCGUGUCUUGAAAAUUAAAGACUAUCUUUAUGACGCGCCAGUUUAGACGCCGUAAAUUAUAGUGUCGUGUGCGAAUUAUCCCGGAUCAAGCGGCACGCAAGUGGUUCUCAUAAAACGCAUAUCGGGUAUCUCAAUGUACAAUACAAUCAACAACCAACCACGUGUCUUCGUUUAAUAGUAGAUCAGUCGAGCUUAGUAUGCGUUUGACGACCAAUUAGUAUGUCAACACGUUAUUAUAUGCGGUAAUCGCGGUAAUCCAAUUAUAUUGUACGUGCUAACGUUGACUCGGAUACAAUAAUCGACGUAUUUUUUCUUACGAGGACGGAGAUUUCGUCGCGAAGGUAUCAGCGACGGGAUAGCACAGUAGAACAGAUCGACAAUAGAUAGUAGUUGUAGAUUGACGGCGAGAUAACGCGAAAGAAUUUAAUUGUGGAUGAUGUUUGCCGAUUAUUCAAAUGGGAAAUUGUCUCUGCUCUGAGCCUUUGAUCUUGAGCGAUAUUAAAUUUUUUUUUAAUUUGAGAAUAUUCAAAUUAUGUCAUAAAAAUCACCAGUGGCGGAUAUUUGCAAGGAUCGCUCUCGAAAUAUUUGUCUACACACUGAUAAUAAAAUCUAUCGUUUCGUUACAGACAAAAUAAUAUUCGUUUUGCGCCGCGUUUAGGAUUAAUCGCUCAAGCAGGAGUCAUGAAUCGCGAAUGCCCGGAUAUCCUCGAUACGUAUCCACGUCUGUGUAAGAGUUCUCUUCGUGUCGAAGGCGAUCCCUUCCCUUCUCUCCAGAAAGUCACGACGAUGUUUUCCAUGAUCUUCGACGCGAUUUCGGGCACGUAGAUAGAAUGUAUUUUGUACGAAGCUUAGAUGGUGGCAUUACUUUGUUUUCAUUUUCUUACAUUAUGAAAUAAAUAAACUCGUUCACGAUAAAUGUAGGACCGAUUCCGUGAAGCUAACAUGCAACUAAUCACAUAAUUCAUUGUUAAAAUUACCGAUUUGUCGCGAUGACAUCUGGAUACAGUGAGCAGCUAUGAACAGAUCAACUGGAGCUUAACAUUAUUUUUAGAUAAUCUCUGAGAAUUGAAUGACAAAAUUAUAUCGUUAUGAUUACAUGAAAGUGAUGCCACCUGAAAGUAAAAGUAGUUUCCGCUAGGAGACAAGAGACGAAUAAAGUCAGGACUCCGCGGGACCAUGUGUUCUUGUACUUCGUUACACGGCAGUAAGACAAAUCUGACAUCUGCCUUGCAUAGUAGCAAUUAUUAUUAAUCGUAUUUAAGUAUCGACAUUAAAUUUAACUAUAUUUUGUGGCUCAUUACAUUUGACGAAUCUUACAAAGGUGCGCAGUAUCACUAGAUCGAAAAUAAUAUAAACCGUUAAGUUUGUUACAACUUUAAUUUAUCAAGCGAUCCACACAAAGCUCUUAUAAUAUAUAACUCGCAUUUAAGAAAAUAUACCCGUAUAUCCAACCAAUAGAGGAGCCACAAACGGAAGAUACUUUCGUUUUCUUUUUGUACAGUUGUCACGUGUAUGUAUAUGCUAACUUACGUUUGUCAUAUUUAGUUUAACAUAAAUUUAAUCAAGAUAUUCAGGAUCUUGAGAGAGAUCGUCACAAUGAUAAAAUCUCGGAUUCCAAAUAUAUUUUAUUCAACACUAAACAUCAAC